AUGGCAAACCACUGUACUUUUCUUCACGUCCGGUUAAUAAUUCUACUGAGUUUCUUAUCAGGGUUUCACGCCGACAAGUUCGCCGGUAGAUUUCUGCAGAAAGCUCUAGAGUUUUCUGGAAAAGAUAACGUCAUUGUAUCUCCAUUUUCUGCUCGAGAAGCCUUAGCUCAGGUCUAUGUCGGAGUAAGAGAUCACGCCGCUGAUGAACUACAUCGUGUACUACAAUUAAGUGGAUAUUCAAAGAGUGAAGCAGUCGAAGAAUUUCGCAAAUUUCACGAAAUUUGGGCACCCGGGGGUGACGCCACUUUGAAAAUAGCGAAUCGCAUAUUUGUGGCAGAGAAGUUUCCGUUGUUGCCAAAGUACAUGGAUCUUAUAACGAAAUCAUUUCGAACAGGAAUCACAAAUAUUAAUUUUGAACAGAACAAGGAGGCUGCAUCAAUCAUCAAUCAAUGGAUAUCAAAACGAACCAAAACCCUUAUAAAGAAAAUUGUUAACGCUGAUAAUUUGGACAAAGACUUUAAAUUAAUGGUAAUUAGUGCCAUUUAUUUUCAUGGGAAAUGGGAAACACCAUUUGAUCCUGAAGAAACAGUUAAACAAAAAUUCUUCGCACUGGGAGAAGGUCCUGUUAAAGUGGAUAUGAUGCAUGGCCUAAUAAGUAUUCUUCAUGGACGGAUAAAUGAUUUGGAUGCUCAUGCUGUGGAGAUUCCCUAUAUGAAUUCCAAUAUUUCCAUGCUGGUAAUAUUACCCAAUAAACAGCAUGGCUUACUGCAAGUGGAGAACCUUCUGCAUACAGUUAACUUAUUUACGGUUACAUCAGGUUUUAAAAAAAGGCAAAUAGAGUUAGCUUUGCCAAAAUUUUCGUUUGAAUUUGAUAUGAUUCUGAAUCAACCUUUAAAAGAGAUGGGAAUCCGACAAAUAUUUCAACAUCCUGAUUUUAGGGACAUGACAAGUUCUCGGGAAAGAUUAUAUGUUUCUGAAGUGAUUCAAAAAGCGGUAAUGAAAGUAAAUGAAGACGGAUCUAGACCAGUGACAGGGACUGUGAUCUCGACUGUGAUAAAAUCAAGGCGACCACAAUCAUUUAUUGUUGAUCAUCCAUUUCUUUUCGCAAUAAAAGACCAGCAAAGAGUUUUCUUUGCUGGUCGAGUCAAAAGAUUAAAUUAAUAGGGAAUGUUUCGCUGAAGGCUCAACAUAGAGGCAAUUCACAUUAUUUAGUAUUUGUAUAGGUUGAUAUGAGAACUUUAUAAGUAUUUAAUAAUACAACGUGAAUAAAAUAAAAAAAUAUUCAAUAUUAAA